GGACCUGUUACGGGGUGUUGUAUCUGACAAUGCAAUACUUGGUAUGUGCUUGGGGAAGGGGUUGUGGGAGGGUCCAGCUUGUCUUCACGGCUUGGGACCUGUGCCCUCCUUGGCCUGGACUUGGUAGACGUGGGGGGACAGAUAAACUGAUUGGUACAUUGAUCCAUAAUGGACACGUGUGUCACCUCUUGCAGGAUCUGAGUCCUGGUCCAAAUGCCAGUCACACCGCCGGCACCUCGUGCAAUGACUCCCACACCAUCCUCCCAGAGGUCAGCAGCACCAGCGGUCUGAUCCAGCACAGUGCCCCCUACAGGACUAUGGAGAUGGUGCUGAUCAUCGUGGCAGCCGGCUCGCUCAGCUUUCUCACCGUCCUGGGCAACGUUCUGGUGAUGAUCUCCAUUCGCGUCAACCGCCACCUUCAAACGGUCAACAACUUCUUCCUCUUCAGCCUGGCGUUCUCAGACCUGGUGAUUGGUGUCUUCUCCAUGAACUUCUACACUGUCUACAUGCUGAAGGGCUACUGGCCGUUUGGGCCGACGUUGUGCGACCUGUGGCUGGUGGUGGACUAUGUGGUCAGCAACGCCUCCAACAUGAACCUGCUGGUGAUCAGCGUGGACCGCUACCUGUGCGUGACGCGGCCUCUGACCUAUCCCUCUAGGAGGACGCGCCGCUACGCCUGCCUGAUGGUGCUGGGCGCCUGGCUGGUGUCUCUGGUGCUGUGGGUACCCGCCAUCCUCACCUGGCAGCGUUUCCAAGGGCGUCGGCUCCAUCUGAAGGACGAGUGCUACAUCCAGCUGCUGUCCAGCCCUGUGGUGACCAUGGCCACGUCCAUCCCGUCCUUUUACCUGCCUGCCCUUCUCAUGACCUUCCUGUACGUCCGGAUCUCCCGCGCGGGUCGGCGUCGGGUACAGGGUCUCCGCGCCCCUCCUCCUGACCCUGCGGUCGCCACGCUGACGAUCUCCUCCGGUCGUCUCAAGGUCACAACCUCCAUGGGUCGCCUCAAGGGUGCGACCUCCGGCCUCCUCAGAGGGCGUGUGCCAAACAGAGGGCGCGGCGUGCCCAUAUCCAUGUCAGAUCCCUCUAUUGGGGUGACCGCAGCCAGAGGUGACGUCACAGUAGAGCGAGCCAUCUCAUUGGACGAAGACAGCGAGCAGCUGACCAGAGCAUCGGAGAGCAGCCCACCUUCUUCCUCACGGAGUGAUGAUGACAACAACCCUGUAGGAGGAGGAGGAGGAGGAGAUAGAGGACAAGGAAGGGACAUGUCUGCUCCUGGAGGAGUGGAGUGGAGUGAAGGAAUAAGAGGGAGGUCUGCUCUUGCAUUUGAAGGAGAACGAGGAAGUGACAUGAUUGCUCCUGGAGGAGCUGAAGGAGGAGGAGGAGGAGGAGGAGGAGGAGUGAGGUGUGCUCCUGUAGCAGUACGAAGAGGAAGAGAAACAGGAAGGUGCGCCCCUGCAAUAGGAAGAAAGCCCACCCUGCGCGGAGGUAGGCGUGUAUGUGUACGUGACUGCACCUCCACCCCUGACCUCUCAUCCCUGUCCUGUCGCGUCUCCAAACCCUCAACCCACGCCAAGGCCACCCAGUUGAUGAGGAAGAGGAGCACGCGUGCGUCAGUGAGGGAGAGGAAGGUGACGAGGACCGUGCUGGCCGUGCUCCUAGCCUUCUUGGUGACGUGGACGCCGUAUAACGCCAUGGUCCUCGUGGGCACCUUCUGCCACUACUGCGUGUCUGACACGCUGUGGGCUAUCGGUUACUGGCUGUGCUACAUCAACAGCACCAUCAACCCCGCCUGCUACGCACUCUGCAACAUCACCUUCAGGAAGACCUUCCGCAAGCUCCUCCUGUGCCAGUACAAGAACAUCAGCUCCAAGUGA